UAAUCAGGCAAAUAGAAGCUUGCAGUCAUGCAGUGCACAGGCACUUCUUUCUAGAAGGCAGAGAGCGAUGCACAGUCUACAGACAGGCAAACCAGCUGACCAACAAGAAGUCAAGACAUAGUCUUGCACCACUACCAGAUGAUAACACCACCAGUGGGUCUUCUGAAGCUCCCUUUUGCUCUCCUGCUUGAGACUGCUUUUGAAUGCACGUUCAGGGAAACACCUCUACUGCUGACAGUGAAGAGCCACAGAUGCACUCAUCUACAGGCUUACUAUUCAACCCUGCAUCGGUCUCAACACUCACACCAAAGCCGAACCCGCGGGAGGAGGAUACACAUGUUUUAUUGACAGAACUACAGGUGGUUUGAGUUUCAGCUGCUGGUGAACUGGAAAGGUUUUUCAAGAGUGGUGCGCUGUGCCGUCUUUAGAGCCAGUAUGUUACCUCUUGUUGUGGCAUGUUUGGUAUUCAUCCUGCUGGGCAUAGGGCAGGCUCAGGUUGCUACACAGACACAGGGGCAGAGCCAGAGUCGGGGCCAAGGGCAGGACAGCUCUGCCACCCCUUGGAGGCAGGUAAUUCAGUGGGAAAACAAUGGCCGGCUGUUUAGCCUGCUUAACAGUGGAGCAGAGUAUGUUCCUGCUGGAGCAGUGGCUCGGGACAGAGGUCCUAGGGUGGUUGUGGCAGAUGCUCGUUCACGCACCACACGUAGACCUCAGGGAGGCAAUGUCCGACGGCAGGCUCCUCCGAGAGGAUCCUCAGACACUGUUCGAGGUCAAGCCAGGCAUCCUUUUGGCUUUGGGCAAGUACCUGAUAACUGGAGACAGACUACAGGUAGCACAGGAGGUAGCUUCCAGGGAUCCUCUAGCUCUCGGUUUAGGCCAUCCACCGGGUCAUCAUCUUCAUCAUCUUCAUCAUCAUCCUUCUCUUCAUCAUCUUUUAAUGUACCAUCCUACCAGCAGUAUCCUUUUCCUCAACAGGCUCCCUUCCAACCAGUCCCUUAUGACCCAACUUUUGGGGAGGGACCAGUGAGGAGCUAUGAGCCACCUUUUCAACCUAUUGCUGGUGGAGGAUAUGGUGGUGGUGGAUUUGGUCCUGGUCAAAGUUAUACUGGAGUAGGAUAUGGAGGUGGUGUCGCUCCCGUACUCCCAGGCUCUCCCUCUGACUUCACUGAUGAUGGCUACCGUUACUACCAGCCUUAUGGCUAUGGGCCUAAUCCUGUGGUGCCACAGGCAGCUCAACCACCAUUUUCAGAUGGUCUGGACCACAGAUACACCCACAGUCUUUUCAAUGAGAACUCUGGUCCUGCUGUCUCUGCCCCUGAUGCCAACCAAGCUUCCCCUGUGAUAGUGGACAGAACUGGACCAGGUGGGCAACCACCAAUCAGGAGUCCUCAAUAUGAACAAUUUCCACCAUUUGGAAGACCUCAGCCUCCAUUUUUGCAACCCAUCCCUUCUGGCAGAAGUUCUCCAAACUCUGCCCCUGAGAACCCCAAUAUUAAUGUUGGGAGUGUGUACCGACCAGAACAGAGAGGAUUACCCGACCUAGUUCCAGAUCCCAACUAUGUCCAGGCUUCCACAUAUAUCCAGAGAGCCCAUAUGUAUUCUCUCCGCUGUGCUUCUGAGGAAAAAUGCUUGUCAAGUUCUGCAUAUAGCCCUGAGACCACCGACUAUGAUGUGAGGGUCCUGUUACGAUUCCCACAGAGGGUGAAGAACAAGGGGACUGCUGACUUCAUGCCUAACAGGCCACGGCAUACUUGGGAGUGGCACAGCUGUCAUCAACACUACCACAGCAUGGAUGAGUUCAGCCAUUAUGAUUUACUGGAGGUCAGCACCGGCCGUAAAGUGGCAGAGGGACACAAGGCUAGCUUCUGUCUGGAGGACACUACCUGCGACUUUGGCCACCUAAAGCGUUAUGCCUGCACGGCUCACACUCAGGGUCUGAGCCCAGGAUGCUACGAUACAUACAAUGCUGAUAUUGACUGCCAGUGGAUCGAUAUUACAGAUAUCAAGCCAGGAAACUACAUACUAAAGCUCCAGGUUAAUCCCAAAUUCUUGGUCCUGGAGUCAGAUUUUACCAACAAUGUGGUGAGGUGCAACAUUCACUACACGGGACGCUUUGUCACAACAACCAACUGCAAGUUAGCCCAGUCUUGAUGAGGCACUGGAAGACUGCCAUAUAAGAGUGACCCUGGUUGUUAUUCCAUAAACAAAUGUGAAUAGAAACCAUUUGUUGUUGAUUCAUUGGUGAUGUUUUCCUUCACUGUUUUAGUGCUGUUUUAGUAUCUGGAGCCACAGAAAACAAGGGCUCCACUGGCACUGAUAGGGAUGUAGGGCCUGGGAAGACACACACACAUACACACACAUAUGAACACAUAUAGACAAACUGCAUCAUGCACAUUGCACAGUGAUCCCAAUAAUGAUCCCGCUGUUUAGUUCUUCACAGCUACAUUUCCUAUAUUACUAGUUUGCCACUCUGGUUUGGUUACAUGUGCAGACACAUCAUUGACUUUCAAAGGAGGUGUUUACUGCAUCUGCACAUGGCAACAAACAUUUAUUCAUCCCCCGCAGAGUGGCUCUGUUUAAAUUAUAAAUAAAGCGUGAAAUGGUGCCGGUGCUGAAAUGAGUGGCUCCAGACAUGUCAGGGUUCAGCUGCAAUCCAACAAAUAAAAUUAGGGGACAAAGUCUUCCCAGAAGCAUUCAUCCAUGCAGUUUGGGGACAGACGGAGAUGCCCAGUGACUCAGAAGAACAAUAAUGUGUUUUUAUUUUUCUCGUCUCCUCACUGCCUCAGUGGGUCAGGCUGGGAUACUGUGAUUCUCUAGGCACAUCCUGUUUAAUGUUGUGUUAACAGAAAGAGGAAGACAACAGGUCAUAUUUGCAUUUGUCAUCUUCUUUCAUAUCGUAAGUCAACAUAAAGACAGACUGCCAGGACUCUUCCCAUAUACGCACUAUGUCUCUAUUUGCCUGUUUUUUAUGACAUUUAUUUCAUUGUAAUUAAAUCAUGAUCAGGAAGCUUAACUGGCAGACUAUAAUGCUUUGCUGAAAACAUAACUCACAGUGUGUAAGCUGUAGGUUGGCAUUACCUUAGGGGCUUUUCUUCAACUACCGACACUGAUCAGAUGGCACAUAAGUCAUCUAUACCUUUUGAAGAAUAUACAUACAAAUAUUCCACAGAUGCAUGGCUUAAAUGUUGAAGAUUUGUUUUAGCGGCUACAUUUGUUUAUCCAGUUUGACCUGUUUCUGUAAUUUGUGAAAGUCAAAAGAUUUUUCUCUGUUGUUUUUUUUUUUCUGAAUUAUAAAUCUGAAUUAUUCUUUCAGUAGAAUGUGUUGUUGGAAAAAAAAACAUGCUAUUGUAAUGCAGAGUGCCAGAAAGCCGCCUCUACCUACCUCUCCAAAUGAGUGAGCUGUUAUUUCCUGUUCAGUCUUUUAUUUCCAUUGAAAACCCAUGCGACGGCUCACCACGGCCUCCUACCAGUCUGUUGUAACUCACACUUAUACCCUUUGUAUCUACUGAAUAUAUUACAGAACACACAAGUUAGAAUCCAAACACAGCCUGAGUAAUAUUCCAAACACAUGCUAUCUAUGAUAAAUAAAUGUGAUUAAUGAUGUUUAAUUUAUCUGUUCCAUAUGUACUGUAUUGAAUAAACAGUGGCAAAGCACCAAAAUGUUUUUGUUACUGUAAAAUUUCUAUGUUUUCUGCAUUUUCAGUCAUAAAUUAAUUAUGAAACAGAAAACACUGAACACAGAAUAGGCGUAUUCUUUGGUAUCCAGUUUUACAUUUAUAGUACACAGUUUUUUCAUGUUCUUUGUUUUGUUUUUGUUUUUUUUUAUCUGGUAGCUUAUUAUUGCUCUGUACUCUGACUGAGAAAAAUGCGGCAACAUGUGAUUCUGAUAAAUGAAACCACAGUGCAAAUGUAGGUGACAGUUUUAGAGAACACAGUGAUGAAAUUUGUAUUUUUCUAACAGUGAAUACCUGUCAAAAAUGUCAUAUACAAUAAAUACAUUUACAAACCC